AUGGGAUGUGAGUUUUUCUGUGUAUAGCCAAGGCAGAGUAAAUGCCUUUAGAUGACCAGUUAAUUUGGAGCAGCGGAAUUGGAAUGGGAUUCUCUACGUAAUCAAGAGGGUUCUUUGCUAUCCUUUCAAUUAUGUAGUUAAAGUUUCCAAUGCAGCCUUCCAAUUGAAGCUGAGGCCAAUGCAGCCAUCCAAUUGAAGCAGAGGGGCUGAGGUCAUCCUCGUUGCGGAUACUGUUCGCAUUGAGGAGCGUGUGUGUGUGUGUGUGUGUGUGUGUGAGAGUGUGUGUGUUAAAUGAGGAAGGUUUCUGUGCGUAUCCAUUCCUCUUGUAGUGUUUGUGUACCCGGUCAUGGAGAUCAGCAUCUCUGAGUGUGUUUGUAUGUUCUGCCCAUGACUGGUACAGUGGCUGACUUCCUGAUCCCUCUCUCUCUUCUCUCUCUCCAGAUGGAAAGCUCUACUCCGCAACAGUAACAGAUUUCCUAGCGAUCGAUGCAGUCAUUUAUCGUAGCCUUGGAGACAGCCCGACUUUGCGCACUGUCAAACACGACUCCAAGUGUCUCAAAGGUGAGGAGAGUCAUCGGAUACAAAGACCUGAUGUUUGAAACACUUAGAGAUACAGACUCACCACAAUGAGUGACGGCUUGGAAAACAAAUCAGAGUUGAUUUUGUCACUCUCAUAACCAGUCCCAUAGUAGUUAUGUACUAAGUAAAUUGGCUGCCUCUAGGAACGACAACAUGACCAGGUUGUCAAAGCUGAAUGGAUAGAUCCCUCAUCCCCCACAUGUAAAUAGCCCCCUAAUAGAGAUGAUGGAUUGAGCUACUCCCAGUGCCAGGUCUGGGCUGUGCCUCACUCUAUACUGUGAUUGAUACUUUAGGUAUUGGAUGUAAAAUGGGGUUGAUCUGUUUAGUGAUGAUAUGUCUGCUUUUUUUUGUUCAGAGCCGUAUUUCGUACAGGCAGUUAACUACGGUGACUUCAUCUACUUCUUCUAUCGGGAAAUUGCCAUGGAGUACAACACAAUGGGAAAGGUAAGCUGAUUGGGGCUGAGGGCUACUUCCUCCUGAACAGGAGAGACAGGAUGUGCUUGGGGAAGUAAACAGGAAGUGGGUGUAUCAAGUAUCUGGAAGGGCGGUCAGUGUGACCAAAAUGUAAAACCUUUUCGAUAUAGAAAAACAUUUGCAGGAUGUAGGCUUAAAAAUAGUUGAAAAUGCAUGUCGGUGCCUCCUGGAAAGUCAUUUUGAAGUCUAAAUAUAUCCUCUGACUCGCACUUCGUGUUACUGGUUAACCUGUUGCUUACUCUGGCUGUUUCCUCAAAGGAUUUUGAAGUUUUUCUCUGAAAUGAGACAGAUAGGAACAAGAGGAAAGGAAAAUGUGCUGAUUCUUCAUUCAAGGUUUUAGACCAGAGGGAUAUAAAAGAUGUUUUGAUUAAUCCUUUCAUUUCAGUUUGCAUGGAGAAGGUUUAAUUGGAUACCUACAAGGAAAAUACGAUAUGGAAAUGAAUUACAUAAACAUUAUAUUAUUUUGAAUAAACCCAAUUCUGACUGACGUCUUGUACUGCACAUGAAUACAAAGUUAAAUUCUCUGGUUAUUUUGAAAGGAACAUCACUAUAUAAUGAAGAAUGCAGAGGAGUGUGCCGUAUGGUUUGGUGGUGUGAUGUGGGAUAAAGGAAUGGUACUCCCUGAUUGAUUUCUUUGACAAUCUGAAACAUAAUAAGUGCCCACAGUCAUUAAUAAUGUGGGCUGUUGUAUAUCUAUGCAUGGUGAAUAUUUUUGGUCUGCGAGACCUGCUUAGUUACAGAGAAGUAAUAAUAAUAAUACGCUUUACCUUCUGUGAGUGUGCUGGUUGGGGCAUAAGGAAACCAGCCAGACAACAGGUGUGUGUCUGAAAACACCCACUGAGUGUGUGUGUGUGUGUGUGUACGUGCUAUCCAGGUGGUGUUCCCCCGGGUGGCCAGGGUGUGUAAGAACGACAAGGGUGGCUCCCAGAGAGUUCUGGAGAAACAGUGGACCUCCUUCCUGAAGACCCGGCUCAACUGCUCCAUCCCGGGAGACUCCCACUUCUAUUUCAACAUCCUGCAGGCCGUCACCGACGUCAUCCACAUCAACGGUCGCGACGUCGUCAUGGCAACCUUCUCCACACCUCACAACAGGUACGAUUGUCCGGCGGCCGCACAGAAGGAAAUCAAUUUCCUAGGCCACCGCAGCGCAUAAUUCACUGUCACAAUAGUUUUGUGCAUAAUGUUAUUCCUGUAUAUUGCAUAUUGAGAAUGGAGAAUAAUUUAGGCAGGGAGUUUUUAUCUAAAUAGAAAUUAUAAAUGAGCUGUAGUACUGCUACAUAUUGUAAAUCCCAUUUUAUGGCGUUUCUUAGGCGAUAAGACAAUUGCUUGUGACAAUGCAAUUGAGCAUGGUUAAUGGCCAUUAAAAGUCAAUGAAGCGGCUUGGAAUUCCUAUAAGCGAAUUUGAUCCUGGCAUGAAUAGCAGUUAGUGAGUGAAAUGAGAGGGAACACGUUUUGACUGGAGGUAGCUUUCGGGAUUUAUUAGCUAUUAAUUUAACCAAGUGCUUUGGCAGCAUGGCGUGCCUCUCGCUCUGAACAUAGCCAACGCUGGCUGAUUACUGAGAUUUACAGCCUGGGCCACAAGGUUAGCAGAAUAACAGCUCUGUAACCGUCACAAUCCUGUCCUUGUACAUGAUGUCUCUCAAUGCCAAGGCAGCUGAAAUGCCCCUCAGAAAUGUCCGGGAAAUAGACAAGUGAUUCAGAGCUAUGCUAUGCACAGUUUGCACACAGUGGAAUCAUAUCAAUUGGACUGAGAAAAGUUCUUUUUUGUGUGGGGUGAUGUUUCUACAGCAUUCCGGGGUCGGCCGUCUGCGCCUAUGACAUGGCUGAUGUGGCCAAUGCGUUCACUGGACGUUUUAAAGAGCAGAAGUCCCCGGAUUCCACCUGGACACCUGUUCCUGAGGAGAAGGUUCCAAAACCAAGGUAUUCCCAUUUCCCCACUCCCACUCCCCGCACUCCCACACACACACAUACAUGCACACACACCAGCAACACACACACAUUCAAAAACACACACUCACCGGCAGCAUUAAAGAAGCUCGAUAUCAGCAAAUGAAGCAUGAGAUCAUUUUCCAGAUGGCUGCCUACUUCUACAAAUGCACCAGCCUGAUCAAUCUCCAUCUCUGCGUUCCUAAUUACCCGGCAAAGAGCAGCUCCUUUUCUCUCGUGAAACGUGGGUUUAAAAAUCAAGAUCUGUGGAGGGGGAUGGUACUGUAAUUGGUGUCUCUCCCCAUAUGGCUGGCGAUAAUGUGGAGCACAACAGGAUACCACCCCUGGUGAUUAGCAUAACAUUAUGUGUUUGUGUGAAACAAGGUCAGGUGUUAAUGAGAUCUGAAAUCUACGUCUCGUUUAUUCAAUUUAUUUUCUGUCGACGUUAUCAGCAGACAAACAGAAGGGAGUUUUCACGAUGUUGCCCAGGUUUUUUCCCCCCUCCUCUUCUGCAGCAGCAGCAGACAUGCGAUGUGUCCUCGUCUCUGUGACUGAUCUGUCUCUGUUGCUUUUCAUGUACUGUAGACCUUAUUACAUUCUGCACUGUCUACCAUGGAAAAGAGUUGAAUCAGGGCCGUUUCAAUGCCAGGCCACAGAAUCCACCCAAGUUAUCCAGGGUACCGCUCUACCGUAAUAGUGCAGCAAAACCUUUUUAAUAAGGCAAUCGAGAGGUGAGAUGUCUUUGAACGGAUCUCCUAUCAGGCAGCUUCACUUUUAGAGGGCCUUCUCCUCUGCUACUCUGUCCUUGUAAAGAGAUCAAAUGGCUGCUCUCUGACUCCCACUGUUUGAUUCCCUGUUACUUUCAUCCACUUCAGGCCCGGGUGUUGUGCUGGCACUCCGUCCUUAGAGAAGUACAAGGUGUCCAACGAGUUCCCUGACGACACCCUGAACUUCAUCAAGCAGCACCCUCUCAUGGAUGAAGCUGUGCCCUCUAUCACUAACAGGCCCUGGUUUCUCAAAACCAUGGUGCGGUGAGUAUAGCCUCACUAGCUAGGAUGUUACGCUAGUUAGCGCGCUAGCUAGGAUGCUACGCUAGUUAGCGCGCUAGCUAGGUCUGCUAGCUAGGUCUGAGUUGUGGGUGGUGUUCAUCAAGGUUAUACAUGUAUCAUGCAUUACUUGUGAUUACCAGUGGCAUCAUUAUAUAAAUAAAUCUUAGUUAUAUUUUUUAUUUAAAUGGCAUGGCACAUAGCAAAGCGUUACGUUACAUGUUGGUAGUUAAAAGGGUUAUAUACAUCGAAAGCAGGUACUUUUAUAAGGGCAUAUGGUGGAAGGGGUUUUAUUAUCUAUGUCACAGCCUCUGUGUGUAGUAUGAUUCUGACACAGGAAGUCAGCCGCAAACUCAAUCUGUAAUAGGACCUUAUCUCAUCUCUACCCCAAAGGGACAUUAUAGAAUUUGAGCUUUUGUUACAAAUUGGACUAUCAAAAUCCUAUCAACUAUGAAAACCUAUUCCAUUAUAUGUUCUAGCGGCUAGCCAGGCACAAUCUGUAGGGAGGGAGACUGGACUCAAGGAGACCCCUCUUGAGAUUUCCUGUUAUUCUUAAUGGGACAAAACCAUGGACAUUGUCCUUGAGGUUGUUGUUAUUCUUAAUGGGACAGAAUCAUUGACAUACUGUAAUACUUGAGAUUGCUGUUAUUGUUGAUGGUACAAAACCAGACGUUCAAUGUCAUUUCAAACCAGACAGUCUGAAUGGGAGCGAAGAAGGCCUUAUCUUAUUGAUUUGAUUGUGAUGUGAGCAUUUACUCAGAUAAUGUAAAUGAUUAAGUCAGUGCUUUCAUUCCAGCGUAGGCAUGCAUGUUUUAUAUCUCAUGACCUUGUGUGAAGAGAUCUAGUCUUUCAAUGGCAGUAAUAUAUUUGUCUUUAAUCCUUUCCAUCUCACUGAAUUAAUAGACAUGCAAAUGUAUUUGCAUACCGAUCUGCAGAUUAUACAUUGUUUUGAUAACAGUAGGAGCUCCAUGGUCCAAAUCUAAUUGGAGAUACUACUAGAUAACACACAGUGGAGUUCAGCCUUAAAAUCAAGAGAUGAGGUAUAAAUCCAUAAACGUGUUCUUCACGGUAUUCCAUAUCUGUUCUAGAUACCGGCUAACCCGGAUCGCCGUGGACAAUGCAGCGGGACCCUAUCGGAAUCACACCGUCGUUUUCCUGGGAUCGGAGAAGGGGAUCAUUCUUAAAUUCCUGGCCAAGAUGAACAGCGGUUUCCUGAACGACAGUCUCUUCCUUGAGGAGCUCAACGUGUAUAACCCAGAGAAGUGUGUAUUCCAUUAG